GCAGACUUGAUUGGGAACAGUUUAGUUUUUAGUUUUUGGUGUAAGACAGUCGUGUUAAGUCCAGGAAAAAAAGUGUGGGGGGUGUAAGAGAAAGUUCGGACAGAGAACGAAGGAAGAAAACUGGCAAAUAAGGUUUCAGGAGGGAGGAAUAUUCGUGAUUUGUGUAGAACAACCAUGGAAACUUCAUAUGAGGAUAGUGAAGAUGAACGUCAGGAGAAACAAGGUUGCUUUGAAUGCUGCAUUAAAUGUCUCGGCGGCGUGCCGUACGCAUCACUGCUGGCCACCAUCCUGUGCUUCUCAGGUGUGGCGCUCUUUUGCGGCUGCGGGCAUGUCGCCCUGAUGGGCACCCUCUCCAUCCUGGAGAACCACUUCUCCAAGGUCGCCACGGAUCACGCCACGCUUACUGACGUAAUCCAGCUGAUGCAGUAUGUUAUAUACGGUAUCGCCUCUUUCUUCUUCCUGUACGGGAUCAUUCUGCUCGCGGAGGGAUUUUACACCACCAGUGCUGUGAAGGAGCUCCACAGUGAAUUCAAGACCACCGUUUGUGGACGCUGUAUCAGCGGAAUGUUUGUGUUCCUCACCUACAUCCUUGGCAUUGCAUGGCUGGGGGUGUUCGGCUUCUCUGCGGUUCCUGUGUUCCUGUUCUACAACAUGUGGUCAACGUGCGCCGCCAUGCGCUCACCGGUGGCCAACCUCACGUCCAUCGAGACGAUCUGUGUGGAUGUGCGUCAAUACGGGAUUAUUCCAUGGAAUGCAACUCCAGGCAAAGCUUGUGGCUCAAAUCUAGGAGAGAUUUGCAACUCCAGUGAGUUCUACCUGUCGUAUCAUCUGUAUAUUGUCGCCUGUGCUGGAGCCGGAGCUACCGUCAUCGCUCUGCUCAUCUACAUGAUGGCUACCACAUAUAACUUUGCUGUUUUGAAGUUUAAGAGUCGGGAGGACUGCUGCACAAAAUUUUAAUAUUUUUGCAAGAAGUUGCCUAGAUUGAGCAGCCACUGACAAUACAGGCUUCAAGAAAUGACAGUUUUGACUUGUAAUGUAUUGUACACAGAUGUAGCGUUUAUGAUGCAGGUGCUGCGCUUGUGUGUGGCUGUAAACAUGUUUAUCAGGGGCAAGACGUUUUUUUGUUAACCACUAAUUUUGAGGGUAAGCCUCUUUAAAUUCCUCUCUGAAGUUGGGCUACAGGAUUAUUAUCUGUCAGUGUCGGUAUAGAGCACAACGGUGUUUUUUUCCAUUCAUUUUCUCCAUAGGAAUUUCAGAACAUGAACCAACCGGCUCUGAGGUGAAUCGUUACAUCACAAACUUUGAUUUGAAGCCAAAAAUGAUCUGAAAAUCAGAAUAAAGAAAAAGUACAAAAUGUGCACUACUUUUAUGGGGGAACAUCUCAUAGCUACAAUAAAUCCUAUUGCAUAAUAGUCACAAAAGUAAAGUAUAAAAUGCCAUCAACAAGCAUACUGUAUAUUAUCACUGUAACGAGGUUAAAAUGGGCAUGGAGGAGGCGGGAACCGGCUGAACAGUCAAAGUAAUAUUUAAUGAAACAAAAAGGCACAAAAGACAAAUGGCAGCUGUGUGUGGCUCUCUCUCUCCCGAACUGCCGCAUAUGGCUGCCUUUAUCUCUAUUCUCGGCUGAUUAGCCUGAUUAAGGGUCCGGGCGUGCGUAGUCAUGGCACCGCCACGCCCUCGUCCUCAUCACACUCCACCCUCCUUUUCCUCAUGCCGGGGAACCCUCCGGCAGGCUUUUCCUUGCCUCUCUAGGGCUGGGGAGGGGGACAAAAAGACGAGAGGGAAAGGGCAAGGUGGAGAGAGAGAGAGAGAAAGGAAAUAAACUUGCUCGCCGGUUCCCAGACACGCCGUCGCCUGGUCCUCGAUCACUCCUCUGGCGGACGACAGCCGCUCCUCCUCGGGCGGACCGUAGCAAGUCCUCCGACCCCUGGUGGAUGGAACGCCCCCCCCCGCAUUCUGGCGGCCGGUAGCGAGUCCCUCCACACCUCACGGACGGCUGCCGUUCCUGUGCGUCCAGGAGGCUGGCAGCGACUCCGUCCCCCGGCGGAUGGCCGCGGCUGCUCCUUUGGGCGUACGGCAGUGGCGAGGACUUCACAACAGUGCAUCCCGCCUUCCCGGGUUUCGGCACCAAUAUAACAAGGUUAAAAUGGGCAAGGAGGCGGCGAUAACUGGGUGAACAAUCAAAGGGAUAUUUAACGAAACAAAAUGACACAAAACACAAACAGCAACUGCGUGCGGCUCUCUCUCUCCCGAACUGCCGCACCCCGCUGCCCUUAUCCCUCUCCUCAGCUGAUUAGCCCGAUUGGGGGCUGGGCGUGCAUAAUCACGGCCCCGCCCUCCUCCUCCUCGUCCAGAUCUCACGAUUGGUCGGUCUUGAAAGGUUUUUAUGCCAUUACGUAAAAUAUUGUUUGCUGUGGAGAAAGUGAAUGUUUUAACUUACGGAAUCUGACUGUUGUGCUCAACAAUCAAACAAUCUUUUUAUUAAUUUGUUUUAUAAAUGUGCCAAUUCAACAAGUGCCAGCGAAGCCCUCCAGUGUUUUUAUCUUAUUUUAUCCUUUACACUUGUUAACGCUUUUUUGCCAUGCAUUUGCGUCCAGUAUUAUGAAUCUUAAUGAAGUGUUCAGGACAGGCUCCGUAACAUGAUGCCAGUGUACAGAUGACUAACCUAGUUGUUUCGGUCAUCCGAUGCUCGAUUAAAAUAGAUUUUUAGCUUGAAAUAAUAUGUAUAGUCUGAGGUUCUUUUAAGCCCUUUAUUCUAUCAAAGUUAACUUCUAAAUGUAAGUAAAAGUGAAUAAUAAUGUGUUCAUAAUUGCUGUCACUGUAUAUAGGCUGAAAUGAAAUAUAAAUAGAUGUUUUCGGUUUUUCGGCAAGCCCAUAUAGACAUGUUCGAUGCUUGCACACUUCAAGUGCUUUGUCGAGACUCUUUGAGCGCGGUUAACUGCAGGUCGAACGCGGCGACUAUGUGCAAAGACGUCGCAUAUGCAUGCUUUGAAAACCUAAUCUGCUCACGGACAGUUUGCACAGAUUACAAAAUGCGCGUCACUCGCACUACACAUGAACCGAAGUGCACUUUGGUCUAUAGGUCACUUUUCAGUUGAAGACUAAUUUCUAUCAUUUCGAACUAUGUGGUGCAAGAGAGUGUCUCCGGUUUAUAUGGAGGAAAACGUCGUUCCAGUGUGGACGAGGCGCCAUGAUGCUUUUUCAACGGAAACAUAUCAGUAUGGACGAUGUAUAAGUUACGUUUAGGCAACUGGCAGUUUAAUAUCUGGUUAAUGUCCAUAGUCAUAUUUCAGAUGUGUUUAGACUUUCUCUAAUGUUGUUAUUGGAUGUGAUUCUGCUUAUACACUGCAAAAACAUAUUUUUAAUGGGGUUUUUUGAGGGUAAUUUUCCAGUAAAAAUAUCUAAAUAUUCUCAAAACAAGACACAUUUACUUAAAAAUCAAAAUAUGGGCGGCUGUGAGUCGGGUGUUAGAGCGGGUCGGCCACUUAUCGCAGGGUUGGUGGUUUGAUUCCCGGCCCACAUGACUCCACAUGCCAAAGUGUCCUUGGGCAAGACACUGAACCCCAAGUUGCUCUCAAUGGCAGGCUAGCACCUUACAUAGCAGCUCUGCCAUCAUUGGUGUCUGUGUGUGUGUGCGUGCGUGCGAGUCUGUGCGUGCGCGCGUGUGUCUGUGAGUGUGCGCGUGUGUCUGUGUGAGUGUCUGUGAGUGUGCGCGUGUGUCUGUGUGAGUGUCUGUGAGUGUGCGUGUGUGUCUGUGCGUGUCUGAGUGCGCGCGUGUGUCUGUGUGAGUGUCUGUGCGUGUGUCUGUGAGUGCGCGCGCGUGUCUGUGUGAGUGUCUGUGCGUGUCUGUGAGUGUGCGCGUCUGUGCGUGCGUGCGUCUGUGAGUGCGCGCGUGUGUCUGUGAGUGUGCGCGUGUGUCUGUGAGUGUGCGCGUCUGUGCGUGUGUCUGUGAGUGCGCGCGUGUGUCUGUGAGUGUGCGCGUGUGUCUGUGUGAGUGUCUGUGCGUGUCUGUGAGUGCGCGCGUGUGUCUGUGUGCGCGUGUGUCUGUGUGAGUGUCUGUGCGUGUGCGCGUCUGUGCGUGCGUGCGUCUGUGAGUGCGCGCGUGUGUCUGUGAGUGCGCGCGUGUGUCUGUGAGUGCGCGCGUGUGUCUGUGAGUGUGCGCGCGUGUGUCUGUGUGUGUGUGUGUGUGAGAAUGGGACACAGUGUAAAGCACUUUGGUGACCUCUAAGGUUAAUAUAAGUGCUGACCAUUUAAGAAUCAAAAUAUAAGACUGUAAGUCUUGUUAUCAGAGAAAUCAACACAAUUAUUUCAAUAUUAAGGAACGUUUGUGCUUAUAACAAGAAAGCAUUAUUCGCCAAUGGGGCAAUAAAAAAAACUCGAUUCAGAGGGAAAACAAGUUUAUUUUUCGUCCAUCAUUGGCGUAUAGUUUCGUCUUGUUAUAAGCACAAAACCCACCAAAUUUAGUUUGAUUUCUGUGAAAACAGAACUUAAUGUCAUAUGCCAUUUUUCUUCUCCAGUCGUGUCGAGUCUUGUUUUAAGAAUGUUUUGAUAUUUUUCCUUGAAAAUAAGACAAAAAUACAUUUAGUUAUUCAAAUAUUACCUCUAAAAAUCCAACAUAAUUGAAUUAACACAGAUAGCGUGCCUUAUGUUUCCUAAUUUCUUCAAAUGUUCCCAUCGUUAUUGAAUCAUCUCUGAAGAUUUUGAUGACUGUAGUUUGGUUUUUCUUCCUCUACAAGAAAAAUAAACAUGCUUCUUGUGUACAAAAAAGAUCUUUCUGGGUCGUUAUUAUCAUUCUGAG